AUGAGGGCCCUGUCUGUGUGUUGUGUCCUGCUCACCGUCCUGGUGGUGGCUGAACAAGUUCAAGGAGAUGGACAGUUCGUCAAACUGUGCGGCCGAGAGUUCAUCAGAGCGGUCAUCUACACCUGCGGAGGGUCCAGGUGGAGGCGCUUCCUGGUCGGGAAUCCCCAAGACAUGGCUGAACGGGAGAAUUUCUUCGCUUUCCACGGUGCUGACACAAAGGAGAGCGGGCCCCUGCCUACAGACCAGAAGAUGACCUCCCAGGUGGGCUAUGAGGACCUACAGCAGACCGGAUCUCUGGAAGAACUUUGGGGGUCCCAGAAGAACACCGUCCAAGAGAGACGAGACCUGAAUGAGCUGCUGACCACGGCCUGCUGUAGGACCGGCUGCAAGAAGAAGGACUUGAACUCACUCUGCUAG